UGUCUGUUGUUUGUUUUUUGUUGUCGUCGUCGUCCUGAAAAAGCCACCCCCCUCGAAAUGGAGAACCCAGAGCCAGAGAAGGAUCAGAAAGAACAGAAACGUCCGGAGGAGAAGCAGAGAAUCCCCUUUUGCUGCUCCCUGUGCUCAAUGUCUGAGAAAUGUGAUUACGUGGGCAAGAAUCCGCCCUUUGCGAGGAAAAUUCAACUAAUUGAGGAUUCUUACAUCAUGAUUGAUCCCUUCUCCCCACCACCCAUUGAUUCCCGGAAACAAUCUUCAGCUGAACGAUAUCUCGUCCUUGGAGCUGAGUGUUCAGUGUGCCAGAGAGUCGUCUGUAGAGGCACCGAAUGCAGUUUCUUCUAUACAGCAACAUUCUGCACUGAAUGCGUCCGGGAGAAGCUCCGGGAAUUCCCGCUGGAAGUUCAAACAAAAAUCCGGAAACAACUUCAGUCCUCUUGAAAGAUUUAUUUCUCAAUUUUGGACUUUUUGGGCUCCUUCUUAAUUCCCGAAGUGGAUUUCUUCAGCUGCGGAUUGAGCUUCUUGGCCAAUUUCAUGUUCACCGAACUGCGGUGCUUCUUCUUUUUCUGUAAUUUCUGUAAAAAGGAAGAACAAUUUUUAUAACUUUUUAUGACCAUCACUGUGUAAAAAUAAAGAAAAUUCUUUUUUACCUUGAA